AUGAACUCCUCCCUCAGAUGCUGCAAGAAAGCCAAAGACGAUGGAUCCCAUGCACCCAACGGCGUGGCAGGAAAGGCUUCUCCAUCUGCCUCAAGCGACCACUCCUUGGUCCACCAGACUCAUGAACAACCAUCAGCACCUCCCGCAUCAACAGACGGUGCUGCAUCUACCGAUUCACUUUCAAGGAUGCUGAGUGACGCUAUGUCAAGAGCCAGGGUAUCAGAGAGUUCAGGAGUGCCAUCCACACCUCAGACGGCCCAGCGCCAAUUGGCAGAAGCGAAUUCCGCACAUGCCCAGGCUUCCACACCUACAAUGUCGGCACAAGGAAUUAGUUCCUCGAGUCGGAGCCGGUCAUCAGUGUCACAGCAAGGAUCUCUUGAACACCGACGCGACACCACCUCCCCUCCCGCACUCUCGUCGUCUUCACCAAACAAGAACGAGAUUCCUUCCUUUCUACUGGCCAUUAUCUCACAGGACAACAAGGAUGCGCAUUCAGGAUCCCAAGCAGGAUCGCCUCAUUUGCGUCGGGAGAGUUUGAAGGAUCCCGCUAUUGUCGAGUCUUCGUCCACGCAGGCAAUGUUGCUCAACUCUUUGACUGGAGCAGGAAAAGCUGCCAACGGCGACCGUCCAGGAAGCAGCAAUCGUCCCCAUGGACCACCCCUUUCUGCCGAGUUUUUGCCUGCCUCGGUGAUGCCAAGUGGUCUCUACUCGUCAUCCAGCAAUAGCAACGGUCGACCCAACGGAGUCAACCAGGGAUCACCUGUACCCUCUGGCCAGCACCAGCGCCCGUCACCUCCAUCAGGCAUGCCAAACCCCAACUUGAUGAAUCGACCCCCCAACGGAAUGGCAGUACACGGAUCACCUCUGCAGGCGCCCGCCUUUGCUUACUCGCCAGGAAUGAUGCCUUCGCCCCUGGCGAUGCCUCCAAUGCAGGUUGGACCUAUGAUGCACCCUCCUCCUCACCCUGCGGCAAUGAACGGCGGUGGUGGACCUCAUCUUCACCACCCACCUCAACCUCCUCUGCCAUUCCCUCCCAUGGGACUUCCUCUUCCUGGCCAGGGAGCGCAGCCUAGUUUCCCGGCGGAUGCGAUGCAUGCGGCGAUGGGUGCCGUCGGCUUUAUGCAUCAACAGCAGCGUGGAUUUGUGAACCGUGGACCACCUGGCGAAGUGAUGCCUAAGGCUGAGUUUACGCAGCAGUUCAUGGGGCUUUUGCAGAACGACCCUCAGUUCAUGGACGUCCUCUACACCAACUAUACUGCGGUCUUUGCCAGACGAGGAUAA